AUGCUGUUAAAAAGCUUUAAAACCGGAAUUUACAUAAUUUUCCAAAUUUUUAUUUACGUUUAUUGUUUAAUAUUAAUAUGCAUUCGGCGAAACAAUUUAAACAAGCAUUUUUUUUUUAUAUAUUACCCAAAUCGCCGAUUUAGCAAAUUAUUUGUUAUUGCGCAUUUAAACCGCAAAUUUUUUUUAUCCGUUUUACCAUGCAUGCGCUAUUAA